AUGGGAGAUAGGGAGAAAAGGCAAAUAGUCUCGAAAGCAUCGCCAUCAUUGAGAUCCCCUGCAGUACAAACACGAUAUACGCCUGUCCAAGAAAUUCAUCAACCUAAAGCACAGUCCAUCAAGAUCAUACCUAUCAACCUAUACGGCUUUAUCGAUCUCCUAUCUGACUUUUAUCAAGAGAUCCAAUCCAGCAACCAGGAACUGCCAGACGAAACCAUUGAGCUCAUCUCUCAAACUUUGGGCUAUGCGCGCUCACGUCUUCAAGGAGCGAGCGAUGACGAUUCUAUCCAGUCGCAUCUCAUCGCCCUCACGAACCUGAGCAAAGUCAUCGGCUCUGCACACCCCAUCGCGUUAUUUGGGAUAGCUACAUUCGCCAUGUUUGAAGUGUGCUGUGGCUCCUUUGGCAAGUGGCAGCGUCAUCUACAUGGAGCGCGCUCGCUGCUUGACCUCCAUUGCACAAACAAGGCCGAACUAGAUAGCCUAGCUGGACGAAUACCUGGGCUAGCGAAUGUACUCGCCUACCUGGUCUGGUUCGAUGUCACUGGCACGCUGAAUCGGGAUGACGGCGCCCUGAUAUUUGACGAUUGGCACCGCGAGAUCCUCUCCCAGGAAUUCCUCGACUCGGUGGGCUGUCCAUCCGAUACCUUCGACCUCUUCGUGUACCUGGCCAAGGGCGAAAACGAUCUAAACACAAUCGAACUUAGCUCCCGAGCAAUGCAGCAAAUUCUGAAUAUCAGCAACGAUAACUCGACUGAUCUCAGCCUUGCAGACGUGGUGUAUCGAGGCUCCGCUGCAAUCGUCGCUUUCGCCCGAGCGGGGGAGAGCAGCAUGUCACCCACGCCUCCGAUACAUGCAGAUGUAAUUUCCUCCAUGGUAAAUAAGGUUUGUGCUGCCAUAUCAACGAUGCCUACUACAUCCCGAUUCUAUGUGCACAUAGCUACGCCCGCUUAUCUGACGGGCAUGCAUGCCGGUACCGGGGCCCAGUGCGAUGUGCUGCGGGGUUACUGGCAGAAUUGCCGGCUGUGCGACUUUCCGAGAUAUCCGGAUGGUCAGAAACAAUGCGAGCAAAAGUGGAGGGACAGGGGAAUUAUCUAA